AUGGGCAACCGCGCGGGCCGCACCGACUUCGAGUGGGUCUACACCGACCAGCCGCACACGCAGCGCCGCAAAGAGAUGCUCGCCAAGUACCCGGCCAUCAAGGCCCUGAUGCGGCCGGACCCCCGCCUCAAGUGGGCGGUGCUGGGGCUGGUGCUGGCGCAGCUGCUGGCCUGCCGCCUGGUGCGGGGCCUGGCGUGGCGCUGGCUGCUCUUCUGGGCCUACGCCUUCGGCGGCUGCGUGAACCACUCGCUGACGCUGGCCAUCCACGACCUGUCGCACAACGCGGCCUUCGGGCCGGGCCGCGCGGCGCACAACCGCUGGCUGGCCGUCUUCGCCAACCUGCCCGUGGGCGUGCCCUACGCCGCGUCCUUCAAGAAGUACCACGUGGACCACCACCGCUACCUGGGCGGCGACGGGCUGGACGUGGACGUGCCCACGCGCCUGGAGGGCUGGCUCUUCUGCACGCCGGCCCGCAAGCUGCUGUGGCUGGUGCUGCAGCCCUUCUUCUACUCGCUGCGGCCGCUGUGCGUGCACCCCAGGGCCGUGACCCGCAUGGAGGUGCUCAACGCCCUGGUGCAGCUGGCCGCCGACGCCGCCCUCUUCGCCCUGUGGGGACUCAAGCCCGUGGUCUACCUGCUGGCCAGCUCCCUGCUGGGGCUCGGCCUGCACCCCAUCUCCGGCCACUUUGUGGCUGAGCACUACAUGUUCCUCAAGGGCCACGAGACCUACUCCUACUACGGGCCGCUCAACUGCAUCACCUUCAACGUGGGCUACCACGUGGAGCACCACGACUUCCCCAGCAUCCCGGGCUGCAACCUGCCCCUGGUGCGGAAGAUUGCCCCCGAGUACUACGACCACCUGCCGCAGCACCACUCGUGGGUGAAGGUGCUCUGGGAUUUUGUGUUCGAGGACUCCCUGGGGCCCUACGCCCGGGUGAAGCGGGUGUGCAAGCUGGCUGAGGACCGUCUGUGAGACCUGCUGGCCGCCGCCCCG